UGAUUUACUGAGUGCUGAGAAGUGCACAUAAAUCUACACUGUAAAGCUUGGGAGUAUCUAUGGCUGAAACCAGAGAACAGAGGAUCCUGAAUUUUGUGCUGCAGAACGCAGUACGUGGCAACCCUCAGAGUGUGCUGGAUCAUAUUGAUAAAUAUUGCAGAGAAAAGGAAUGGGCCAUGAAUGUGGGAGAUGAGAAAGGCCUGAUCCUGGAUAGUGUACUUCAAGAAACGAACCCAUCCAUGGUCCUAGAGCUGGGCACUUAUUGUGGUUAUUCCGCCAUCCGUAUAGCCCGAUUACUGAAGCCUGGAGCUCUGCUGCUCACUAUAGAGAUGAAUCCGGCUCACGCUGAUGUGGCUGGAAAAAUAAUUGAGUUUGCAGGAGUUCAAGAGAAGGUAAAGAUAUUGCAGAAUUCCACAGAACACAUCAUCCCCAAGCUAAAAGCAGAGCAUGGAGUGGACCACUUUGACUUUGUGUUCAUUGAUCAUUUUGGAAACAGAUAUUUGCAAGAUACUAAGUUGCUUGAGGAAUGCUGCGUCCUCAGAAAAGGAACAGUCUUGUUAGCGGACAAUGUCUCCUUCCCGACGUCUGCACACUUCUUGGAAUAUGUCAGGACAAGCGGUCACUAUGAUUGCACCAACUAUCCAGCUCAUUUAGAGUACUCAGAUAAGCCUGAUGCAAUGGAAAGGGCUGUGUAUAGAGGGUAGCUGUAGACAAGAGUAGAAAUUAUAUUGUAUAGU